AGCCCCUGGCUUCAUUGUCCACAAGGCCUGGCAGGUCUGGCUGGUUCCCUCCAUGCCCUGGGGGGUCGGGAUGCCAUCCUCCCCUCUGGGACCAGCUGUCUUGGCUGCCUUGUCCUGACCUGCUGGUCAACAAAAGCAGGGCUCACCAGGGAACAGUCUUCUCAGGUUGCCUGUAAUCUGAGUGAGCCAAGGAAUUCAGUCAGGGCAUCAGCUCCCACCGCAGAUGCCUCUCAUGGGAAAGAGUCUUCAUCUUCUCAGCCCUAAGACCAUGUCUUCUCAUAUGAGGAAGCUUCUGGUUUAACUGGGAAACAAGAUGACAGCACUUGGCAAAGCCGAAGAAUAAUCACUUCUUAUUAAUAUGAUGCCGGUUCUGUACAGGAGUAAACUCUGAGCUGGGAACAGCCUUCUGGACCGGGAGAGUGAGAGCAGCAAGAGUCACACUCGGCAACCAUGUCAGUGGAACUGGAGACCUCAGAGGGGGUGGACGAGUCGGAGAAAAAGAACUUCGGGGCCUCAGAAAAAGAAAACCACACCAGCAUGGCUGACCUCUCCGAGCUCCUGAAGGAAGGGACCAAGGAAGCACAUGACCGGGCAGAAAAUACCCAGUUUGUCAAGGAUUUCUUGAAAGGCAACAUCAGGAAGGAGCUGUUUAAGCUGGCCACUACUGCACUUUACUUCACAUAUUCAGCCCUGGAGGAGGAGAUGGAACGCAACAAGGACCACCCAGCCUUUGCCCCCUUGUACUUCCCCACGGAGCUGCACCGGAAGGAGGCACUGACCAAGGACAUGGAGUAUUUCUUUGGAGAGAACUGGGAGGAGCAGGUGCAGUGCUCCGAGGCUGCCCAAAAGUACGUGGAGCGGAUCCACUAUGUGGGGCAGAAUGAGCCAGAGCUGCUGGUGGCCCAUGCCUACACCCGCUACAUGGGGGACCUCUCAGGGGGCCAGGUGCUGAAGAAGGUGGCCCAGCGGGCCCUGAAACUGCCCAGCACGGGAGAAGGGACCCAGUUCUAUAAGUUUGAGAAUGUGGACAAUGCACAACAGUUCAAGCAGUUCUACCGGGCCAGGAUGAAUGCCUUGGACCUGAACCUGAAGACCAAAGAGAAGAUCGUGGAAGAGGCCAACAAGGCCUUUGAAUACAACAUGCAGAUCUUCGAUGAACUGGACCAGGCUGGCUCCUUGUUGGCCAAAGAGACCCUGGAGGAUGGGCUCCCCGUGCACGAUGGAAAAGGAGAUGUGCGUAAAUGUCCCUACUACACUGCUAAACAAGACGGAGGUGCCCUGGAGGGCAGCAGCUGCCCCUUCCGAACAGCCCUGGCUGUGCUGAGUAAGCCCAGCCUCCAGCUCAUUCUGGCCACUGGUGUGGCCCUCGUUGCUGGCCUCUUGGCCUGGUACUACAUGUGAAGGACCCAUCAUUCCACGUUGGCGCCAUCCUCCUGAGUGACCACUGGCCCGCCCCCACCUCCACCUGUGACUAAACUACCACCUCAGGUGACUUUUUUUUAAAUGCUGUGUUUGAGAAAACAAGCAACCAAUAAAAGCCAGACGCUAAAGCCUCUGCCUAUAGCGUCUUCUGUGUGGGCUAGAUGCCGAGCUGGGUGCAGGCCCUCCAUUCCUGCAGCCAUCGGGCUGUGGCACUGGGAGCAGCCAGUGCAGCUCAGCAGGCCAGGCUGAGUCUCUGAAACCUGCUCUGCUCCCGAGGCGUCCACACUGCUCACCCUGAGGCUCCUUCCUUUCAUUAUUCCUGUGCUGGCAUUUAGGUGGGUGUUUUUCCCCUGGUGGGAACAGAGCAACCAGCAAACCCAGGCUGCUGUGGCUCUGUGGAAGGGAGGGGGCUCCCUCAGUGGCCCUGGGAGCUCUGUCCUGAACAGUCAGUCGUCAUACGGCUCAAGCAGAAACCCCGGAGAGGGCAUCUGUUUAGCUGUGGCCUGUCUCCUCCUCUGACCUGUGUAAACGCUACAGCACUCAAUAAAGUGGACUCUGA